GCCCGGGGGCGGGCCCGGCGGCGCUUCCGGCGGCGGCCGAGCGGCGGGGAUGGCGGGCGCGGGGGCCGAGGCGCGCUUCGCCGGCCUCUCGCUCGUGCAGCUCCACGAGCUGCUGGAGGACGACGGGCGCCUGGCGGACAUGGUGCAGCAGAUGGAGGAGACGCAGAAUGUCCAGCUGAGCAAGGAGAUGACGCUGGCCGGCAACCGCAGCCUGGCGGAGGGCAACCUGCUGUUCCAGCCCCGGCUGGACGCGCUGAAGGCCCGCCUGACCCAGAAGUACCAGGAGCUGCAGGCCCUCUUCGACGCCUACCAGAUCCGGAAGACCAAGCUGGACAAGCAGUCCAGCAGCGCGUCCCUGGAGACCCUGCUGGCGCUGCUUCAGGCCGAAGGUGCCAAGAUCGAGGAGGACACGGAGAACAUGGCUGAGAAGUUUCUGGACGGGGAGCUGCCCCUGGACUCCUUCGUGGACGUGUACCAGAGCCAGCGCCGCCUGGCGCACACGCGCAGGGUCAAGAUCGACAAGCUGCAGGAGCUGGUGCUGAAGGGACAGAGACUGGCCGCGGCCCAGCUGCCCGCGCGGGCGCCCGAGCCCGCCGCCCCCCUGCCCUAUCCGGCCCCGGAGGCCAGUGGGACCCCCUCGGCCCUUCCCCGGCGCGUCCCGCCCCCGCCACCCCCAGUGCCCGCGGGCCGCGUGGCCACACCGUUCACGGCUGCCGCGGGCUCGCCGGGGCCGCUCUGCCCCGGACUGCAGUGCCCGCCCCUGCCCCCCCGCGUGGGGCUGCCCCCCCAGCCCGGCUUCUCUGCGCAGUUCGUGUCCCCGUACCCACCGGCGCUCCCCCAGAGGCCCCCGCCCCGCCUGCCCCCGCACCAGCCCGGCUUCAUCCUCUAGGUGCCUCCCGGGGCUGCCGGGGCCGGGGCCGGGCAUGGGGCUGUAGAAGUAGAAGCAGGUGUGUCCUGCCCCCGCCCUUUCCCCAGACGCCGGCGCCCAGCCCUCGGGGGCCGGCGUGGAAGGUGCUCCUGAUCAGGACCUGGAAGCCACGGCGGAGUUGGCACCGGCUGCCGGCCGUGCCGCUCGGCAGGAGCCGCAUCUCACCACGUCCUCCCGUUUCAUAUUGGAAACCUCUGAUACUCGUCCAGGACCAUUCAGGGAAUCUACACAGACGCACAUGUGUUGUGAGCCGUGGAGCGAAGGCGGUUCCCCCGGCCAGCAGUGUGCCCGCUGCCUGCCCGCGCUGUGCCUUAGCCUCACCGGCGUGGGGGGGCGCUGCCGCCACGCGUGACCGUCCCAGCAGGCCUGGGUGAGGCCGCCGGCCUUGCGCCCCCCUACGGCUCUGCGCCCGGACUUGAAGCCAACCUUCCACGGCCGCGCGUGGACUAGCCACGAGUCUAGAGCAAGGUGCCACCUGGCCCCUGGGGCCCCGCCAAAUGGGUGCGCGGUGUCCCCGCGGGGGCAGCAGGCCAGCCCGCCACCUCUGGGGUCACGUUGGAGCUGUUUGUAAAGCCGUAGGGUCUUUUACAUAGAAAAAAAUAAACAAGUUCUUGGUAA